AUGUCAAAAGCUGGAACUCACAUCUCUGUUACGGCCAUUGGUUUGGUUAAAGCUAAUGGUAAAAACAUAAGACAAGAAUAUCAAGCAUGUACAAAAUCUCACGAAUAUGAAGAGGAAGAUAAUCUCAAUGAAAAUAUUUCUAAUGAAAAUCAGAACAAAAAGUAUUCCAAACUAAGCACAAUCAACUUAUAUGCUCAAGUUAGAAAGAAUAUACGGGACUCUGGAUUACCGCGUAUUGAAGAACUGGUAUGUGUAUCUCCUAAUCUCUUCAGUUUGAAUUUGGCUAAAAGUGUAGAACUAAAUCAGAUUCCUUUAAAUACGAAGUUUAUGUUAAGAGAGCUUUAUUUACAUGAAGCUAAAAUACGACAUUUAAGACUUUGUGAUUCAUAUUUUGAUGAAGCUAUCCCGCCGGAACGUUCCAUCACUAAGUACAUCUAUUAUCACUUCGAUGAUUGA